CUGUUGUGUGCAGCACUUUCUCAUGCUUUUCCUGCAUAUACAAGGAAGGAGAAACAAGAAGGCAUGCAGCUGAUUCAGAAGUACCUGGAAAAUUACUAUGGCUUUAAGAAAGAUGGGGAAUCUUUCAUUUGGAAAAGCAAUAAUCCAAUGACCAAAAAAAUAAAAGAAAUGCAGGAAUUCUUUGGACUGGAAGUGACAGGAAAACCAGAUUCUGGCACUUUGGACCUAGUACAGAAACGUCGCUGUGGAUUCCCUGAUGUAGCUGGGUUCUCCACCUUCGCAGGAGAGCCAAAAUGGGCAAAACAAGUUCUGACAUAUAGAUUACUAAACUCUACACCAGACCUACACCCAGCAGAUGUCAAUGCAGCAGUCAAGAAAGCAUUCAGCGUUUGGAGCAGUGUGACCCCACUAAAAUUCAUCAUGAAGGACAGAGGUGAUGCAGACAUAAUGAUCUCCUAUGGAGCCGGAGGUCACAAUGAUUUGCUCCCCUUUGAUGGCCCAGGAGGGUCUGUUGCUCAUGCCUAUGCACCCGGAAAGGACCUUGGUGGAGAUGCACACUUCAAUGAGGAUGAAACCUGGACCAAAAGCACAGAGGGUACGAACCUGUUUUAUGUGGCUGCCCAUGAGUUUGGACAUUCACUUGGACUUUUCCAUUCCAAAGACACCAAUGCUCUGAUGUACCCAGUUUAUAGGAAAUUUGACCCUUCAGUAUUCCCUCUUCAUCAGGAUGAUAUUAAGGGCAUUCAGUACCUCUAUGGUAAUUCCCUUGAGUCUGCUGAGAUAAAGGACCCUACUGAGUCAAAAGAGCCUGCAUUGCCAAACACCUGUAGCCCUGAUUUAACUUUUGAUGCUGUCACCACUUUCGGUGGGGAAAUAAUGUUCUUUAAAGACAAGCACUUUUGGCGCAAACAUCCUGCAGUAAGAGAAAUUGAUUUUCAUUUAGUAACUUCAUUCUGGCCAUGGCUGCCCUCUGGUGUUGAUGCUGCAUAUGAAAUCCCCGAAAAAGAUGAAACUCACCUUUUUAAAGGAAAUGAAUUCUGGGUUGUGAGAGGAGAUACCAUAUUACCUGGAUACACCAAAAAAAUGUACAUCCUGGGAUUUUCAAAGGAUGUUGCCAAAAUUGAUGCUGCUUUUUAUGAUAGAAAUAAGGGGAAAAUAUAUUGCUUCAUAGGGGACAGACAGAUUUUGGAGGUAAAAUUACCUGUGUUACUUUCCUAA